ACUCCUUGUUUUCCAUGUGUUCCCGGGGGUUGGAAAGCAGCUGAAAGUUCAGACAGAGACUCCCUCCCUCAUGCUCUGCAUGGCAAGAGCUCAGAGAUUAAGGGGUUUGUCUGCACCGCCAACAACAAGGAUUGCUCACAGUUCGUAACUUGCCAAAGAGGAAGGAUGAUUCAGUGUUUUGUUUAAGUUUCAAGUUUUGUAGCCAUUACAGAUAUGACUUUAUUGCAAAGCAAGCUGUGGAUAACCUGUUUUCUUUUGUCCAUCUGCCUGUGCAGGACAGGUAGAACAAAAUUUGUGGAGAAAGCAGCUACCAUCUAAGUGCCUGUGUGAGUCUACUGAAUAAAGGAGCCAGAGGAUGCAGGUGGCAGCAAGGCUUUGCUCUGACUUGUUUGAAGUUUUUUCCCAUGUCAAAGGUGAAGGAUUAUGCCUGGCAUAGGAAUUUAGUCUUCAAAUGAAGGACUUUAUGAGCUGAAUCUCAACAGCUCCUGCACAGAAUGUGAUCAUUGGCUUGUGCUACACACUUGCAUUAGUGUGUGAAUGAGGACGUAUUUGUGAAUCGGUGUUAGUGAAGUGCCAUGCUAUUCCUUAGCAGUGGGACCGUGGAUGCAACCCUAAGGAGUACAACCAUUGGCCAGCAGCAGGGGAAAACCGUUUACCAUAUCUCUGUAAUCCUGAAAGAAUUGCAGGAAGAUGCGCCUGUGUCAGAGCCGGGAAUGGGCCGGGUCACCCACACCCUGGUGGAGAAUUGCCAGUCAGGAGAAGAGAUAAUUAGUUUAGUGCCAAUGGAGAGCAGCCCCAGGCAGGGCAGGGCACGACAGGAGCUCGACAGGUGGCCCUCCCUGAGCUGCACAGGUAGAGCUAAGGAGCACAGAGAGGACGUGGUUGUGGAGGAGAUUGAGGAGGAGUUAGAGGAGGUGGAGGGAAAAAUGAAGACAGACAGGUUUUUCAGACAGCCUUCCAAGCACCCAGGUAACUCGUCACAGCAAGACAGAGACGUGGCAGAGUUAGCUGCUCAGACAGACACCCAGGAGCAACACAUUCAGCGCUCAACAUUACACUCUGUCACUGUCCAUGCUAAAGGACUUGUCUUUAGGGGACAUGGCACUGUUGCAGGACACAGCUCUCUGCCCAGGGCUGUGCUGCGAUGGCCACGCCAGGAUGAAACUCGGCUGGGGAGGAAAGCGAUGAGCAUGUAUGGCGACUCAGUCAAGCAGCAAAGGGAUUCUGAACCUGAUCAAGAAGGACGGCUACGGAGGCCCAGGAGUGUGUGCAUGCUGGCAGGCCCAGGCCCAGGCCCGGUCCUGUCGGAGUCCCGGAACCACCACCCCCUCAAGAGGGCAGGCAUUUUAGAAAAUGACCAGCAGUACAGAAGCAGGAAGGCUGAGUUGAGGGCAGUGGAUGGCCUCAAUUCAGUUGUGGCUCAGAGGCCUUUGGUCUCUGCAGAGGUGACCCCGAGGGCCAGGAAGAGCUGGAAACCAAGGCCUGUCAGUAUGACAGUACUAGAGCUGAGAAAGAGGGGUUCUGAUGAUGAGAUAAACAGCCAGAGGAGCUGCAGCCAUACAGGUGGUGAUGGAGGAGGCUUUCUAAGAGGGGGCUUCCGUUGGAGGCUUUUUGGCAAAUCACCUCAAGAUAAGAGCGAGGAGAAGGGAAGUAACAAAGAUGCAAAAUCGUCUCCCAAAUUCAACAAAUCUGAUGCUCCAAAAAGUACACUGAGCUCCUUAAGACGUAGCCUCAGUCUGCGAAUAAGGAGGGCUCGGCCCAGGGACAAAGUUACUUUAGGGUUGGAAACAGAGUCAAAGGAGUGCUCUCAGACUAAAAGUACAUCUGAGGAGACAACAAUGCCUCCACGGCCUUUCUCUUACCUCACUGGAAGAAUGCUUCCAACUUCCAGUGAGCAGACUGAGGAUAGGGGCAUGCAGUACAUUCAUUACCACAACAAGGGAAAGGUCAAGGUUAUGGAGGUGCCCCUCUGUCCAACAAAACUAACUUCCAAGCCAGUUCAGGAAGAACCAAGCAUAUGGCAGCUCAUAGCCAACCGUUUCAGGCGGAAAGAGCAGCCAUAUAGUGGCAAAUGUGAAACGCAGCUGUCCCAGAGCAAAGACACAGGCCAGUAUCCCCUGGCUGGGAAUAAUAAGUCACAGCCAGUCACCAUAGAGACUCUGGCAGGCAUUGACUCCCACAAAGGUCAAGACUCUUUCGUCAACAGCCAGGAAUGGACAUUGAGUCGGUCAGUGCCAGAGCUGAAAGUGGGCAUUGUGGGAAAUCUGUCCAGUGGGAAGUCUGCCUUGGUUCACCGAUACUUGACGGGCACAUAUGUGCAGGAGGAGUCUCCUGAAGGUGGACGGUUCAAGAAAGAAAUAGUGGUGGAUGGACAGAGCUACCUGCUUCUGAUCAGAGAUGAAGGAGGGCCUCCAGAACUGCAGUUCGCCACCUGGGUUGAUGCAGUGGUUUUCGUCUUUAGCCUGGAGGACGAGAUCAGCUUUCAGACAGUCUACAAUUACUUCGUGCGCCUGUCUAACUACUCUAGGAACACAGCUGAGGUCCCCAUGGUCCUCGUUGGAACACAAGAUGCAAUCAGUGCUGCCAACCCCAGAGUGAUUGAUGACUCGCGGGCCAGAAAACUGUCAAACGACCUGAAGCGCUGCACAUACUACGAGACCUGCUCCACCUAUGGCCUGAAUGUGGAGAGAGUCUUCCAGGACGUUGCCCAGAAGGUUGUGGCCAUGAGGAAAAAGCAGCAGCUCUCUAUUGGCCCAUGCAAAUCCCUCCCCAACUCUCCCAGCCACUCAUCAGUGCCCGCUGCAUCCAUCCCCUCUGUUCACAUUAACCAGGCGGCCAAUGGUGGGGGUGCGUUCAGCGACUACUCCUCCUCUGUUCCCUCCACCCCCAGCAUAAGUCAGCGAGAGAUGCGCAUUGAGACCAUUGCGGCCUCCAACACGCCUACGCCCAUCCGCAAGCAGUCAAAGCGCCGCUCCAACAUUUUCACAUCACGGAAAGCCAGUGAACAGGCAAAGAGCGUUGACAGUAAAACAGACAGCAUAGGCAGUGGAAGGGCCAUACCUAUCAAACAGGGAAUCCUCCUGAAGCGAAGUGGCAAAUCACUCAACAAGGAGUGGAAAAAGAAAUAUGUCACGCUGUGUGAUAACGGCGUCCUUACUUACCACCCCAGUUUACAUGACUACAUGCAGAACGUGCAUGGGAAAGAGAUAGACUUGCUGAGGACAACAGUCAAGAUUCCCGGCAAGCGACCCCCAAGAGCCGUGGCCACCGUGGCACCCACUGCUAGUCCCAAAACCAACGGGCUGACCAAGGACCGCAGCACAUUGCAGCUGGGAAUAGGAAACACAGGCGCUCCUCACUCCAACAGUAGCACAUCCCUCCAGACGGGCGUGUCGGUGUUCGGCGGCAGUAAAGAUGGCAUGCACCAACGCUCCUUCUCCGUGUCCAGCGCCGACCAGUGGAAUGAAGCCAUCAACACCAGUACAAGCAGCGGAGCCCCCAAUGGCGUGAGUGAUCCUGCCAGUUCCAAUGUGGGCAACGCCACAAGUCCUAAACUUGAGCCACCUCCUUCGCCACACGCCAACCGCAAGAAGCACAGACGGAAAAAGAGCACGGGCAUCACGAAGCCGGACGGCUUAUCUGCAGGCAAUGAAGAGCAAGAGGAUUCCUUUGAGUUCAUCAUUGUGUCGUUGACCGGUCAGACGUGGAACUUCGAAGCAUCUUCAUAUGAUGAGAGGGAACUGUGGGUCCAAGCGAUUGAGAGCCAGAUCUUCGCCAGCCUGCAGUCUUGUGAGAGCGUAAAGAACAAGUCUCGGUUAGGCAGCCAAAGUGAUGCAAUGGCCAUUCAGUCCAUACGAAACGUGAGAGGGAACAGCUUCUGCGUGGACUGUGACGCACCCAACCCAGACUGGGCCAGUCUGAAUCUGGGCGCCUUGAUGUGCAUCGAGUGCUCCGGGAUCCACAGAAACUUGGGCACCCACCUGUCUCGUGUCCGCUCCCUGGACCUGGAUGACUGGCCGGUGGAGCUCAGCAUGGUGAUGACGGCCAUCGGUAACACCAUGGCCAACAGCGUGUGGGAGGGCGCUUUGGAGGCCUACACCAAGCCAGGGAGCGACAGCACCAGGGAGGAGAAGGAGCGCUGGAUCCGAGCCAAGUACGAGCAGAAGCUGUUCCUGGUGGGUCUGCCCCAGUCAGAUGUGCCCCUGGGGCAGCAGCUGCUCCGGGCAGUGGUGGAGGAUGACCUGAGGUUGGUGGUGGUGCUGCUGGCCCACGGCACCAAAGAGGAGGUUAACGAGACCUACGGGGACGGAGACGGACGCACCGCUCUGCACCUCUCUUGCGCCAUGGCCAAUGUGGUGAUCACACAGCUGCUCAUCUGGUACGGUGUGGAUGUGAAGAGCCGGGACGCUCGUGGCCAGACCCCGCUGUCCUACGCUCGGCGAGCAGGCAGCCAGGAAUGCGCGGACAUCUUGCUUCAACAUGGCUGCCCCAACGAUACAAGCAGCAUGACGUCCGUGCCCACACCCAACAUGAGCCGUCGCAACCCCAAUCCCAACAUCAACAACAAUGCCCAGUGCGAGCUCAACCGCAGUAUCAGCAUUAUGUAGGAGCCAGAAAGCAGCCGCAUACAAACACAAAAACCCUGAACCCCACCCGUCUCUUCCCAGUACUCCCUCCUCUGUUUCACACUGUGUGACCCAGAAUCAGUACCAAUGGAGAGAAAUCAGGAGUGAUGGACUCAUUGUUGAUAUUCCACUACGCUGAAAGGAGUGGGCGUUUGGGGCUCGGACAUUGUACAUUGUUUGUUUUAUAUUAUAAUUUUGUAUUGCUUUUUUGUUUGUUAGAUUCGUUCAGUCUUGGUCUGAAAUGAUCAUGAUCAGCUUUAAGCUUUCUGUUUCUUAAGCGUCAACCAAACAAAUGACUUACUUUGGCAUUCAUACCUACCCUACGAUAAGCAUUUCCUUAAUGCUUGAACAUUUCCUCUUAUGUCUUUCCCCUCUGCGACGUGAACUGAUUUUAUAAUGAUCGUGAAUGAGAAACUUCCCUCAGAUUUCCAGUCCUCGGCAUGAUAACAUAAAACUGUGAGGAAUAGUUUUACAAGUGACAAAACAAUGAUGUGGGAAAGAAACUAAAUCUUCCAUGAUAUCAGUGGCUGUUACAGCUUUAGUAAUGAUGCAUGUCUUCAACACAGCUAUCAAACUCUUGACAUAUUAUUCAUAUACAAAGGCAAAGCAAUUAUAGUUGAAGAGUCCAAAUGAUUUAGAUACUUAAUUCACAGGAAAAUGGGUUCGAAUCAUCAUAAAGGAGUUGAUUGCAGAAUUCCUUUUGGGUGAAAGUGAGUCAUUUCCUUUGCCAUCCUUAUCGUGAACCUCCUGUAAAAAUGUCUGUGACUAUAAGGGAAUUAAGGGGCUUAAUGUUUUAUGACCAUUGAGCCCGAUGGCUUUGUAAGUGUGCCUCUUCAAUCAGAAUUCAUUCAAAUGCAAAGGUUUGAUUGAAACAGUGAAAUUGUACCAUUAUGAUGUCUUUGUUGGAGUAAUUUUCCGAUUGACCAGAUUGUCUUGAUAAUUGUUUGACACAGAUUCACACAAUUUUAAACCAUAAGUGUACUGGAAUAUCCCUUCACCUCCUGUAACCAAAAGCUGAAAAAUCGGUUCUCUCGAGAGCAUUUCCACUUUUCUUGCUGUGAAAUACUUAUAUGGUGCCGUGUGUGUGUGUGUGUGUGUGUGUGUGCGCGCGUACAUGCGCAUCCAUACAUAACUGUAUGAUUCGCGUGUGCUUACGUCUUCGUCCGUGAUCGGGUUCAGCAGAGAGCAACUUGGCAUUUCUGUUCAUAUACAUUGGAGAAAGGACACUGGAGAGAAGAGACCUACAGUGGAUAUUUGGGGACAUAACUGUGUUUUAAUGUACAUACAUAUGUAAAAAGUAGUUAUUGUUCCUUCACCUUAUUCCUUAGAAGAACAGUUUGAACUAACUCUGACUUUUAGAGUAAAAAGAAAACAAAGAACAACCCUUUCCUAAAACAAAUGCGCCCUCCUCCAUCCUGAGCACCUGUCAGUCUAAAAACAGGGAUUCAACAAAAUACAUUAAAGUGAGAGUGACAUUUAGAGAUUAAAAUGAGCAAGGAGUUUCAUACAGGCAAGUAUAAUUAGUUUGAGUCUCUUAAUAUUAAUUAAUACGCGUGUACAGUAUUCCACAGUCGUGAUAAGUCGAUUCAUUUAUAGUAAAUAGGAACUUAUUCCAGGUGGAGUUGGUACAAUGUGUAUUACCCUUUUACUCAACUGCCAUUUUUAAGGUUUUAAACUGUCUUUAUUUUAUGGGUUUACAAAGGCAGGAUGUAUGUUUACAGAUAGGUUAUUAUUUGGUAUCUCAGAAUCAGAUUCAGAUUCGGAUUCUGAUUCUGUUGUUUUACACUAUUCCUGUUUUCAGAGCCCACAGUGAAAAAAUGUGUGGUCAAAAUAAGAAUGAUUGUUGUAAAGGAAUAGUUUGACCUUUUCUUUCCCCCAUUUGCUUUCUUGAUCAGAAGUUUAGCAGAAGAUCCUCUUAUGUAUACAUUAAGUCCCAAGCUAGAGUCGGGAGGUGAAUAGCCUAUCUUAGCACACAGUUAGCCUGGCUUAGCAAAAGGUUACACCACUAAAAACACAAAUUGUCAUUUUUUAAAAUUAAUUAAACAAUAAUUCAUAUACAAUCAAUAAACAAGAUAACAAACAAGAUAGGCUAUAUUAUGUUGAAUUGUGAGAGGUCCUAAAAGGCACACUUCCAAACUUUGGAAAGCUCCGGGGCUACUGUGUCCCCCUGCGUCCACUCUUUAUGCUUGCUAAGCUAACCACUUCCUGGCUUUAGCUCAGUACUUAAUGCACAGCCGUGAGUGGUACUGAUCAUCCUGUCUAACUUUCAGCUAGAAAGCAAAUAUGCGUAUUUCUCAAAAUGUCUAACUAUUUCUUGAAGACAUUCCCAGAACUGACCACAAAUUCAACCAGAUACCUUUGAAUCUACUUGUACUGUACAGUGGUACUGGCCUUAUUUCUGAUUUCUACUUGACCAACUUACUGAAAGCAGUUUAAUGUGUAUAGUGAUUACCUGAAACCUUAUUUACAUACUGUAGAUGCUGAAAAAAAUCCCACUAGAAACAUGCCUGUUUUUUCUUCCCAGAAACAACAUGAAGUGUACAUAUUAGCUUAAUGCUUUUAUCUGAAGACAAGCUCCUCCUAUAGAAACAAACUAAACUGGUUUUAGGUCAACAGUGCCCUUGACCCAUGAACCAUAUUUUGAUAUGUUGUUUUUGUUUCUAUUCAGGCAUAUUUUUAAGGUACUUCUGUUUGGUCUCAACAUUAACUGACCAUCUUUGGUACUUGUGUAUAAUGAUGUACAUUUGACAUAUUUAUAAUGCAGUAUGUAAAUAUCUUUUUUGUUUUGUUUUUGUUCAGGUUAAUUUUCCUAUUGUAAUUCCUUUUACGUUCAGAACGUGAAACAAAGCAAAAGCUAAAGAGUAACAUGUUGUAUGCUUGGAUGCUUGGCUGACUGUUGACCUAUUAAUAAACGCUCAAAUAAAACAAUGUAGCCUUCCCUGAAUUUAGGGAAAUCGACA